AUGCCGUGGGAGAGACCAGCCAGUGUGCCCAUCGGACAGGUCUGGAGCCGGUUCAAAGGAAGAGAAAGAGAUGGAAAACCAGCACACAUGUACCAGAUUAGAGAUAUGGACGAAAGCACAAGAAAAAUAUGCUUAGACAUGAUGCAGGAGACAUUCAUACGAGACGAACCACUAUGUGAUAUAUUAGGUAUAAACAACGAUCCAGUUUCCAUAGCAACCAUCAGAUCGAAUUGGGAGAAGUACGUCUCCGGUAACACCAGCUUAGCUUGCUUCACAGAGGUAGAUGGACAGCCUAAAGACCUGGUCGGCUUCAAUAUUGUGCUGGUGAAGAGCAAAGAUGAUGAGGAAGAAGAUUUUGAUACGGUACAAGGAGAAUCGUGGAAGAAGCUCCUCCGUACGCUGAUCACAGCUGAGGAGUUGUACGACGUGUUCGAGCAUUAUAAAGUGGAUAAAUACCUCACAUCGAGCGGCCUGACCGUGCUGCCUGAACAUCGGGGGCAGAACAUUGGAGCUAAGCUGUUUGAAGCCAGAGAGCCUCUCGGUAAAGCCCUAGGCAUAGAAGCUACAGCGACCGUCUUCACAGCCACUGCCUCCCAGGUGUUAGCAGCUAAAUGUGGCUACGAGGUCCUGGCUGAAUUAGACUACGCAGAAAUGAAGAAAUACGGCAUCGACCUGACCGGCUGCCCCACGCCUUCAGCCAAACUUAUGGCAUACAAAUUUAAAUAG